AAAUGGAGAAGGAUUGUAAAUAUAAGAAAUUUCUUCUUAGUUUUCAAAUAAACCGCAUCCAACUUCUGCUAAAACCCUAACAUAAAGCAUCCUGAUCAAUUCCCUUAGGUUAUGGAAUAAUUCGAUCGAGAGUAUUAUUUACAUCUCAUUUUAGUGUUUGCUAGAACCUUGGCCAAGCAUAUCCCUAAGCACCCACUUAUUAUCAAUAACAAUUGAAUAUACCAUAGCAAAAUUCUUUGCUUGAUCAUUUCUCUCGUUAAACUUUGUUAGCAGAUUCAGGGUAAUGAAACAAUUUAUCUAGAUAAUUACUCCAAUAUUCAUAAACUCUAGAAAAUGCUAAGGUUCAAUAAGAAAAUAGCAAGCCCAUUUAAUAAAAACACUUAUUGAUGGAUCACAUGUUAGGGAGUUAAUUCGUUCCAGUUCCCAAUAAUUAUUUAGACUUUAAUGUUAAUUCAAAUUAGUUAGGUCAAAUAAUUAAGUAGCCAACAUAUUUCAAAGACCCUCAUGAUGUCAGUGAAUUUUAAAAGAGAUAAAUUCAAUAUCUCUAAGCAAUAAAUGAUCCUUCUCCUCCUGAAUAAGUUAAACUAUUCAAAUAAAAUAUCCAACAGUUGGGUGGCAUCGAGGAUACUAUUGGGAGUAAACUUUAUACUAAUAUUAGACAUGUAAUAAACAUUAAACCAAUAUGAAAUCAAGCAUUUGAACAAUAAGAAUAUUAAAUAUUAUCCAUUAUCCUCUCCUCCAUUGACAUAGGAAUAGAUAGAGUAUUAGAAGUCCAUUUCCAGUAAUAAUUAAUUAUAUAAUUAGGUAAUCCUCAUCCAUUUCUAUAUAAUCCAGCAGAUGACAAGGAUAGGUUUGUAUAUGGGCCUUUGAAACCAGCAUAAAAUAUUUUAGAAUAACAACAAACUCAAUAAUCUUAGUUUUAUUGUAUUUAUUAAUAUGUUAUUAGAAACAUUGCGAUAACAAUACAACUAAGAUUUGAAUUAGAUGUAAGAAAGAACUCAACCUUUAUAAUAAUAAUAAGAUUAAAGAUACUAAUAAUAAAAUUGUUAACCUUACUACUUUGAUUCCAUUGAGCAAUCUAAAAGAUUAAGAAUGAUGAAAUAGCAGUAAUUAUAGUAAAAAAAUUGA